AUGGGGAUCGAAGGAUUAUGGAAGCUUGUUGAUGCCGCACAAAAAAAGAACACCCUGCCCCGACUAGCCAUCAAGGAUGGAUUUGAAGAAGGCUCCCGAGGAGAUCGUGUGUACACGAUUGGUGUCGAUGUCAGCAUUUGGGAGCACCAGCUGCUCAACAUGCCGGGGGCUCGGAUCAGGCAGGCACAACGCGGUGAGAACCAGGAGCUGUGGGCGUUCUUCGGCCGCCUGGGUGCGAUUUCCAACAUUCCGGUGCACCUCGUCUUUGUCGCCGACGGUGACCUUCGACCUUCAAUCAAGCGAGGCACACGAGUUGACCCGACAAAGCGAUGGCUGGAGCGUCUCAUGGAGAAUUUCGCGCGUGCGUUUGGGUUCUCAUGGUUUGAGGCAGUAGGCGAGGCGGAGGCUGAGCUCGCCGUCAUGAACGCCAUGGGUCGCAUUGACGCGGUUCUCACUGACGACAGUGACGUGUUGAUCUUCGGUGCUCACACAAUUAUCAGAAACCCCGCCAACUUCAAACCCGGGCUGACCAGCCAAGUGUCAGUGUAUCGAGCCGACGCCAUCCGUCAACAGGUGUAUAUUACCCGCGGGGAUAUGCUGUUGUAUGCUCUCCUGGUAGGCUCUGAUUACGACAACAAGCGCGGUCUGCCAGGCUGUGGAACGACAAUCGCGGCCCAGCUCGUUCAACGUGGCUUCGGGCGCAAGCUCCACCAUGCGCUCCUCCAACAUCUCACUAAAACCGAGCUCACGGAAUUCCUUGAAGGUUGGCGAGCGGAUGUCCGACGCGUGUUGAUCACAGGUGCAUCGCCUCUCACGCGCGCACAGCCAGGCGUCGCUGCGAACCUCACGGACACCUUUCCCGACCUCGAUAUUGCACAUCUGCUUCUCAGCCCAACGGUAUCCAACCCUCAACGCUACGCCAGCAUCACCGCCCCACAGCCGAUGGACAUCGCUCGGAUCGCGCAACUAUGUGAAACUCACUUCGCCAUUGGUAGUUCCACCGGUAUCGUACGUACUUUCCGAGAUAAGCUAUGGUCUGCGGAGGUCACACGAAUGCUCCUUGCGGAGGGCCUGGCGCUGAUCAAUCGGCCCGCUAAGGUACUAUCGUCCAGUUCCAUCCGUUCCUGCAGAUGGCUGACUCCCCGCUUUUCUUGUGCAGUGUCGCCGUCUCCUCCAGCUUGA